CCAGCCAGCCAGCUCACUUCACAUCACCCACCCACGUACCCCCCGUCAGCAUCUCACAGAAGGCCGUCCGCGGCAGCAGCCAAAAACAAAAUAAAAAGUCCGGCAUACCUUCCAUCCAGCAAGCACACAUCUCAGUCGCUACCUACGUGCAAGGCCACACCACGAACCAAACUCGGACCGCCCCUCCUCAUCCUCCUCCUCCUCCUACCCCUCCUCCUUGACUCGUUCCAGGUCCAAGGGACGGACAGACAUCCGACAUGUACCAGCCGUACGCCGUCAACGUGCCGCCGCCGGUGCGGCCCAAGAUCCUCUGCCUCCACGGCGGCGGGUCGUCCGGAAUGAUCUUCCAGAUCCAGCUCGUCCGACUGUCGCGGGUACUCGAGCCGCGGUUCGAGUUCGUGUUCCUCGAGGGGCCGAUCGAAUGUGACGCCGGGCCGGGCGUGCUCCCCGUGUUCGAGGGAUGCGGGCCGUACCGGCGGUGGGUCAGCGACGACCCGUCGACGCCGGCGGACGAGUUCGCGCGGCAGAAGGAGACGGCGAUGGAGCUGCUCAAGGUGUACGUGCAGCAGACGGGGCCGUACGUCGGAGUGCUGGGGUUCUCGCAGGGGGCGCGGGCGGCGGCGAGCGUGCUCCUCGAGCAGCAGCGGCGGCCCUUUGUGCCGUACGACAUGUUCGGCGUGUUCUUGUGCGGCACGUACCCGCUCUUCGUGGAGGAGGAGGGCGGCGACGACGACAAGAUCAGGGCGCCGACGUUUCACCUCGUCGGGCUGUUCGACCCGUGGAAGCCGGCGAGCGAGGCGCUGAUCGAGUCGUGCGCCGAGGCGAGCACGCGCAAGGUGGUGCGGUACCCGGGCGGGCAUCACCUGCCGAACGCGCCCGAGACGAUCCAGAACAUUGCGACCAUGGUGAUCGACCUAUGGAAGGAGACGACGGGGGCGAGGGUGUGAAGAACACGUUUUGAUCUCGAGGGCCAAGGUGAAUGGAGACGAGACGGGAGAGAGAUGGUGAGAUGGAUGUCUUUCGGUGGGGAUGAGAUUCGACAACCGGGAGGCCGUCGACCGUGUCAUGUAACCGGAAAAGCGGUUGGGCAGGGCAGCAGACAGAACGAAUGACGUUUGAACACCAGGCCAUUUGAUGGCAGCUCAUUCAUUGCAACAUAAUCGUCGUCUCUCACAUGAGAUCAAAUA